CCUGAAACUGUUGUGCAGUGCAGCUGUUACCAAGUGUUCUGAUGAGACACUGAAAAACCAGAAACAGAAAAACAACUUAAAUAAUUUAAGAAGCAUCAGGUAGGAUUCUAGAGACAUUAUUAAACAAGUCAAAUCAAGACUUCCAGUUUCAGAAAACAUGUCUGACAAUCUGCAAAACAACAUGAAGCAAGUAAUCCUCUGUGACAUGUGUACUGGGGAGGACAGGAAACCAGCAAAAAAGACCUGCAUGAAAUGUGAGAUCUCCAUGUGCGUGCAGCACCUGCAAGUCCACCUCACCACACCCGUCUUACUUCAAACUCACCCUCUGACUGAACCUAUGGCUUUAAGUGGCACCACCAAAUGCCCCCAACAUGGCAAACUCCUAGAGUACUACUGCCUGGAUGAUAAGACCUGUGUGUGCGUUUCCUGUGCCAUUGAAGACCAGCACCGACUACACAAUAUGAAAACCUUCUCCACAGCCCAAAAAGAGCUCAUGGAAAAACUCAAAGCUGAGCAGGAGGCCUUACUGGUCAAAACUGAUGAUGAGAACGUGAGUCUGGAAAAGUGGGAGAAGAGUGAAAGAGAAAAGCUGAGUCACUGUAACGUGCGCCUCAUUGAGGCAGUGACUAACCUGCGUGAUAUAACCCUGACCAGUGUCCAGAGUUCAGUCUCUGCUCGAAUGGUGGCCAUUAAAACAAGCAAGAGCAGCAUGCAAGCAGCACAGAACGAGAAGGACACCUUCAGAUUCCUGCAGAUGUAUUCACAGGUGCACCAGGAUAUGGAGAAGGCCAAGGCUGUGGAUGUGAGGAAAGGGUUGGAGCCUGGCAGUGAUCAAGACAAGCUUGUCGAGGAGAUAAGAGAGAAUGGUGAAAAACUAAUGCAGCAAGCAGACAACUUUUCGGAAUCCUUGUUGAAGAUGGUUGAUCCUGACCAAGAGCUCUUUGCCACUUAUUCAGACCUGAUCUUUGAGCCACAGAAUUUGGGCGAAGCCAUGUCAAUGUCUGAAGACGGAAGGAAGGUUUUCUACAAUAGCUGGUUAGGGGAAUGCUUUGCCACUCUUCUAAUUCGUAGUACCCAAGAUAUUCCUAACUUUCGGAGUUGGCUGGUCUGUCUUGACACAGAGUCUGACUGGACAAUCGGUUUAUGUGACAAAAAGUCCUCAAAGAACUUGAAGGAUGGACCGGUCUUCGGUCUUUGCUGCAAAAACAACCAGCUCUGCUCACUUAAGACAGAAUAUGUUCAUUGCAAAGGUAGCACAACCAAAUUAAUAGGUCUUGAGCAUCAGGAAGGUGAUGUGAACACAACUAAUAUGGAGAAACAAAAGAGGGUUUCAGCGCCACUGUUAAAACAGAGAGCAGAGGGAGAGGAUGAGAAUGUAGAGCCACCUGAAACGGUGGAAGUAAUUUGGAAUUUUGUUGCUUCCUCAUUGUCUUUCUUCAGAAGAACUGGACAAUACAAGAGGGAAGAAAUACUCACAAUUCAGGUGAGCCUCGACUGGGAUCUGGUCCCCUUUUUUCAACUGGGAAACUGGGAAAAUAGCCAGAACAGUGCACAUUCAUUACAGAAUCAGUGGAAGUGCUCCUGCGGUAAAAUUUACAGCAAGGAUAGCCAUAGGUACAACCAGGGAAUGUGCCAGUUCAGUCACCAGACUCAGUGUCCCUGUGGACAAAUCAUCGGUGCCCGCCGCAUCACAGAGGUUGUUUGUGAACUUCAGUAAUUAGUGAAUCUCUGCUAAUCAACAUACAAGAGUUAAGAAAUAUAAAAAUCUACAUUUGACAGCAUGAAAUGAGAGGAGGCCUCAUUGAUUCGAGUUCCUGUUGAAUGAAAAUAACUUGCUAUAAGUGGAAUUGUCAAUAAUAAACCCAUGUUGUGUGAUCUUUUUUGUGGAGGGCACACAGAAUGGACAAUCUAACAUUAAAUAGCAAAGUAACAGCUGAG